UGGACAAACAAAUGAGAACGUUAUCUAGAACACGAUGACCCACUGAUUACAGCACUCCUGUGAUGUUGACCGUGCUUUAUUUACAGCUCUUCUUCACGUUAGCUUUUGCAAAGUAUCAGCCAACAUGGCCCUCUCUGGAUUCUCGACCGCUUCCGAGUUGGUACGAUGAGUCGAAGUUUGGCAUAUUCUGCCAUUGGGGGGUGUAUUCAGUACCGGCUUAUAGGUCUGAAUGGAUGUGGUGGUACUGGAAAGGUGAAAAACCCGAUAAAGACGUCGUUAGGUACAUUGACCGCAACUAUAAGCCAGGCACAACGUACGCUGACUUUGCAAGAGAGUUUACUGCUGAGCUAUUUGACGCUAAGGAUUUUGCUGACAUCGUGAAGUCGGCUGGAGCAAGGUAUUUUGUUUUGACUAGCAAGCAUCACGAAGGGUUUGCUUUAUGGCCUACGAGAACAAGCUGGAAUUGGAACUCUGUCGACGUGGGUCCAAAAAGAGAUAUCGUGGGAGAGCUCAAGGAUGCUUUCAAAGGAACUGACGUCCACUACGGACUCUACUUUUCAUUGUUUGAAUGGUUCCACCCAAUGUUUAUUGAUGAUGGCAAAUACAAUACUACGACUUAUGUUGAUCAAGUUUCUUAUCCACAAUUGCUGGAAAUAGUGAACCGGUAUAAACCAGAAGUAGUAUGGAGCGACGGCGACUGGGACAAAAGCGACGAGUACUGGAGAAGCAAGGAUUUCCUAGCUUGGUUAUAUAACACUAGUCCCGUCAAGGACAAGGUUGUGGUCAAUGAUCGUUGGGGUUCGGGGACAAUUGGGAAGCAUGGAGGUUUCCUGACAUUUUCUGACCAUUUCGAUCCAGGUAAAUUACUGGACAGGAAAUGGGAGAACUGCAUGACAUUGGACAAAGCGUCAUGGGGAAACAGAAGAACAAUGAAGAGCAGCGAUGUGCAUACUGUUCACGAAAUAGUGGAACAGUUAGCUAGAACAGUGUCAUGUGGAGGAAACCUUCUUUUGAAUGUAGGUCCUGAUAUGCAUGGCAAGAUACCUCCUAUUUUCGAGGAUCGACUGAGAGAAUUGGGCAAGUUCUUGAACGCUAAUUCCGAAGCGUUAUAUGGGACCAAGCCAUGGAUUCAUCAAAACGACACUGGAAAUACUUGGUACACAUCUCGUAUUUCGUCAACUGCAUUGCCGAGGAACAGGCUAUACAAUCCACAAAUUGAAGGAGAAACUAUCGUAUAUGCAUGGGUAUUAGACAUGCCAACCAAAGAUUUGGAACUGCAGAAUUUGAAAACAACGGACAGAACAAAGGUAACCUUCCUUGGUACCGAUGUUUCAUUUGAGCCGGGCGCCAAAUCCUCCCUGUUAAUCAAAUUUGAUAAUAUUCCAUGGAGGCACUUGCUUCGCAAUGAUGUUAUGGUCUUGAAGAUUGAGAACGCCGCCUCACAAACGCGUGGCAGAGAACGCAAAAGGAGAAGGACGUUUAGAAAAUUUCCCGAUUUUCAUUGGUCGUACGAUGCUUUCUGAUAGGAAAGAAUGUAGAAAUACAGUGUUUAUGCUAAUGUCAUCGCGUUGCGUCUCAAUCCUUACUUAUAGAUCUGAUUGCCACUCAUCCAUUGAAUUACAAGCAUUUGUAUUAGGUUGGUAACAAAGUUCUCGGACAUUGCCUUUAGACAAAGAUUUUGCUUCGAUGCAAGCAAUAAAUAGGGC